CAAUAUUUCAUGCCAGGCUGUCUGUCCGUGUGCUAGUAUGUCUUUUAAUGUUCGAGGUGGUCUGGGUGCUGUUGCUGCUGCUGCUGCUGUUAGAGCUGCCAGUUGACUUUAACUACUGUUUACCGUUCCAUUACCGCCGAGAUACCCAACCUAUCCACUAUGUGAAUUAUAAUAUAAAAAAAGAAAAAAAUAUAUAGCAUGCCCACUGAGAACAACUUAUUAACCCAACUACAACAGCAACAAUAUUUAAACAGCUUAACUCUGAAUCUCACUUGGAUGUUCUGAAACCAACUUGCUUGCAUAUACAACAACAUCCAAGCUUUAUAAUUUUAAUAUAAUUGUUAAAAACAAGAAAUCAAUAUCUGAAAAAUAAUGUCCAAUAAUAAUCCCUCCAACUCGGCCUUUGUGCCGGUAUUGCCCUCACAUCGUAAUGCUUUAAGGGGGCCUGGCUCUCUGUAUGCGGGCAUGAUGGAAGCCGAGGCUGCUAAGGAUCCCAGCAAAAGAGGUUCAAAUUUUGAAAUUAUGGCUAUGAUGGCGGACAAACGUAAAGAGCUGGCUCUGCGGGAAGCUGCAGUAGCCGCUGCCAUGUUAAUGCCCCGCCCUGGUCAAGUACCCCCUCCUGGGGUGCCUGGUUCGGUAAUGUAUCCGCCUCCCUAUCUGGGCGGUCCUGGACCCUCACCCACCGGUGCGGGUAGUUUUACAUUUCCCUCGGCAACAGCGGCCGCUUUAUUUCCUCCCGGUAUGCCACCCACUAUGCAUGCUGGUUUAGAUAGACGUCUGUUGCGUGCUCCCGGCCGAGCCUCAAGACCUAAGAAGCAAUUUAUUUGUAAAUUUUGUAAUCGUCAAUUCACCAAGUCCUAUAAUCUACUAAUCCAUGAAAGAACUCACACCGAUGAAAGGCCCUAUUCAUGUGAUAUUUGCGGCAAAGCAUUUAGGCGUCAGGAUCAUUUAAGAGAUCAUAGAUACAUCCAUUCCAAGGAGAAACCUUUUAAAUGUACCGAAUGCGGUAAAGGUUUUUGUCAGUCGCGCACCUUGGCCGUCCACAAAAUUCUACACAUGGAGGAGUCACCCCACAAAUGUCCCGUCUGUAGUCGUAGCUUCAAUCAACGUUCAAACUUAAAGACACAUCUUCUAACGCACACCGAUCACAAGCCUUACGAAUGUAAUUCGUGCGGCAAAGUGUUUAGACGUAAUUGCGAUCUAAGACGCCAUACCCUAACCCAUGCUGUAGGUGAUGUACCGGGUGAAUAUGUAGAUGUGGUGGAAGAGGAAGAUGAUGCUCGUAACUUAAGUGGUGAUGAAGAAGAUUCUCUGCUGGAAGUAGACUCACCGCGUCAGUCGCCAGUACAAAGACAUUUGGCGGGAUCACCCAGCCAAGAAUUGGAGGGGGAACAAGAAGCUGAUGAAGAAUUGGAAGGAGAUCAACGUAUAUCUAUGGCUGAACGUUUGACCUUAAAGCGUAAGGCACAAUUUGAUCGUGAAUUACUAGAAGAUGAAUCGGAUGAAGAGCUGGGCGAUGAGAAUGAAGAAGAUGAAGAGGAUAAUAAUGAAGCUGAUGAUAAUGCGGCCGUUAAGGAAGAGGUAAUGGAAAAGAAUUAUCGUAAAAAUGAAGCCGAUGUGGUAGAUGGUCCGGUUAAGAAUCAAAAUCAGGGUGUUACACAUUGCCAUCAUGAGGGAGGCGAACAGUAUACAAUGCGUCCCACGCAAGAUCAACAAAGAGCUGCAGAUGAAUUGGCUCUACUCAAUGCUGGCAACAUAAAUGGUGUAUUAACAAUGCCAACACAACCACCAGAUUAUAUUAUGCCCAGUACUAGUACGGGUAUAACAAAUUAUAUGGGUGCCAUGGCUAAUCAUUCCACAAGAGAUACUAAUGAUCCUUAUAUGCCCCUAUUACAUGUACGACGUGAUCUCCACAAUAAGAAUCUAAUGCAAAAUCCUACCGAUUUGAAGGUACAAACUCAGACAGGAGGAAAUCUAACAACUGCGUCACUGCCAGUUAUUAUAGAUGCUAACAGAAUUCAAGCUCCCCCACCGCCGGCACCCUUGCAUUCGCCUCAUGAGCCGGUGCCUAGUUUUUUGGGUUCCAUACCCAUACGUAAACGUUCUUUGGGGGUUGAAUUUGAUCAUAUACACGCCUUGAGUCAAAGAGGUCCUCCCUUUGCCAGUAAUCCUAAUAUUUAUGCUCUAAAUAUGUCACGCCCGCAUUUACAUGCUUUACAAUCGGCAGCUGCUGCUUCUGUCAUCAAGCUAGAGUCCUCAGUGCCGCCCUCACAUUUAGGUCCACCACCGCCUAAUAUGACUUCAAAACCGGGCCCCUAUCUACCCACCAAUUAUCAUAUAAAUCAGCCACCAGUACCAACCUCAAGUAAACCAUCCACCAUAACUGAGUCUUAUCUACAACACUCCAAUCGAAAUUCUCAUCAUGAAGCUACCACGUCUACACCAUCCUCAAACGCAGCAACAGCAGCAGCAAGUUCAGCAUCUCAGCCCCCAAGUUCUACAGCUGCCUUAGUGGGCGCUAGCCAUAAUCCGCCCCCUGUUAACAAUCCACCACCAGUUAAACGUACCGGUUUUAGUAUAGAAGAUAUAAUGAGACGCUAACUUAUUUUUAUUUGAAUAUACAUGUAUAUUAACUUUUUUUUUCGUCAGUUCUAAAACUUAGUAAAAAUAUUAAUUAAAAUUAUUUUUUCUUUUAUAUUUAAUUGUAAUUAUUGCAUAAGUGCCUUUAUAAAUGAAAGUUUUAAAAA